AUGAUGAGCAGUUUAAGGAAUUUGUAUAAGAAAUCUAAGGAUAGAAAGUCAAAGGACUACAAUUACGUCACACGGGCAAAUACAUUGGCCAGUCGCCUGAGUCGCUCCUAUUUGAUCUCCUGCAGUUGCACGGGUCUUUACUUUAUGUUGGGACCUAUUCUAAAGAUUAUUACCAAUAAGUUAAGAAGUGUUACCUAUAUACGAGAGUUACCCAUGCCAAUGAAAUUUCCCUUUAACACCGAGAAUAGUCCUGGCUAUGAGAUUGGAUUUGUCUACACGGCUGUCUUUACCACUAUUGUCGUGGUCUAUGCGUCAGCCAUCGAUGGUUUAUUUAUCUCCUUUGCCAUUAAUUUACGUGGCCAUUUUCAGGCUCUUCAGCAUGAUAUACGCAAAGCGGUUUACAAUGACACCAAAGUCGAUCCACAAGCGACUAUCAUAUCCUUAGUGGAUUAUCAUGUAGAACUCUUGAGCCUUUCUAAACAACUACGUUUGAUCUAUAUGCCCAUUGUGUUUGGACAGUUUUUGAUCACUUCCUUGCAGGUGGGCGUUAUAAUCUAUCAAAUGUUUACGAGCUUUGAAAUCGGUGUGGCGCUUCAAUUGAGCGAUUGGCAUUUGGCUACUCCCCAUCAGAGACGUUCGUUGGCUUUUAUCAUGUUACGUUCCCAGAAAAAAGUCGUCAUUAAGGCAGGAUUCUAUGAGGCUUCUUUGGCCAACUUUUUAGCGGUAUAA